AUGUCCCAGCGGAGGAAGGAUGAUAAUAAAGGUGAUGGUAAGGAGCGGCAAGACCAAUCCCAGCAUCCACCGACUCGUACAACAAUGUCAACGUUCAACGAUAUCAAGUCACAGCAUCCUGAGCAGUUUCCUAUAUUCGGGAGAAGAUUUUCUUCAGCCGAGCGCCCUUGCAGGGCUGAUCGUCCGCCGGUCUACCCAACGUUCCAGCAGGGCUCUUCAAAACAAGCUGAGCAUGAACCGAUAAUCGCAUCCAGAUGGGAGUCCUCAGUCCCCGAAACCUUCGCACCGUUCGAUCCCAGCGAUAUACCACGCCAUCCCAUGAUAUCCACUUCCCAAGUGUCGACAACUGAGCUCAACGAGAUGAUGUCGUCCUUCAGAUUCGAAGAGGACGCCGCAACCUCAGGUCCAUUUUUUGCACCACUCCCAGAUAUUCCAGCGCCGAGCCAUGUGCCGGCGAGAUCAUUUCCUCAGAUCUUUCCUCCGCAGAUGCUUCCUGGGGAAGUCCGGGGACAGUCACACGGGCGCGUAAUGACAAGCGCCGAAGCACGCGACGCCACAGUGACGGGCGCCUUCUCAGGUUCAUCUGGACUACCUUCAUUGCUCGACUUCGAGCAGCACUUGGACCAAUCCGCCGCCCGAUUCUACGCUAGCGAAGGGAGAUAUCCAUUUGCUCAGCCAAUCGGACAACUACAAGUACCGUUUGGUUUACCAGGACCGAGUUCGCAGACACCAGAUAUGAGCCUUGAAGGGCCUGUAUACUCUCCGACGCGCGGAUUCCACUACCAAAUAUACGAACAAAGCUACAAUUCGUCAUACGGGCCGUCACAAUACGGUGAGAUUCCGAUUGGAAAUUGGCCUGGCGCAGUUCAAAUCCCGCCGUCGCUUCCAUCUCUUCCGCCAUCGCGCAGCCCAGUGCCCCAAGGUAUACCUCGACACUUCCCAGCUGAACCGGGCCUUGGCAUGAACACUCCAACCCUACGAUCGCGAAUCCUUCGUAAUCGCCCCAACCAUGUAUCGCCCACCCAGCGAUUAAACAUUUUCUCACCCCAACGUACAGCAAGAAAUCCAAUUCACGAGAACAUACCCAUCUCACCAAUGGUUCCGUUCUCGGGCCCGACGUAUACGCCACCACCGGCCACACCCAAGACGAUUGGCAGCAGCCUCAGUCCUUACCCUUCGCCACAAAGUGAUGCACUCUACGCGCAGUACCCCGGACCCUCCUCCAUGGCGUACUUCUCUCCAAUGCAGGACUUUGCGCCCUCGCCGAGUGUGACGAUAUCCGGCAGCAACGAACCGUACCCGCAGUUUCCCGUGGAUUAUCCCUCCUUUGACAGUAUCCGUCACCUGUCGUUCUCUGGCGACAACUCAGGAGGCGAUGUACCCGCUGCAACUUCCCGAUGGAAGCCGAUGGAGCUCGAGCCGGACGCCACAACGCCGUCGCAGAGCUCCAUGUCGAUGGAUGCUCAGCAGUCCGCGGCACAGAAUGACCCAGGGGCAUUUUAUGAGCAGCAGGAGUGUGCGCUUGGGCUGUAUGGCACCCCAGAACCUCUUCCGCCUCUGGCAAAUGAGGCGCAACUGCCGAUCGUUCUGUCGGACGAGCCCAUCGAGGAGGAGUUGAUUCUAGACGACCCUGAUCAAUAUCUCAACAUGGAUAUCUUCCUGGACGCCUCUCCCGAUGCAAGACAGAGUGGAGAGGCGUCGAUGACCCCGUAA